AUGUCUUGCGUGGUUAACAGAAUAGAUUCGACCCUCAGAAGACCUGCAAAAUUCAAGAAGACCCGUGUAUUAAGUGAUAUAUACAGCGAUAGUUAUGAAGUGGAUUUCACCAGUUUAAAGCCUGUCAAGACCGAGAUGAUUGAUUCUGAAGAAUUUGCCUUAACUUCACCCUCAGAACUCAAGGAUCUCAGAGCUCGGCGUAAACCUAAGAAUAAGAAGGCUCCAAAAACUAUUUCUGAAGAAUCUGGCACCAAGAAUCAAUCUCAGUGUGGGGAUUUUGGGGAUGAAAGAUCAGAUGUGGAAGUUGAUCUUGAUGAGCCUCUUAUUGCUUUGAAACAGAACAAAGGAAAGAUACCACCUUGUAAAGCAAACAGAAAGAUGAAUGCAUCAUCUUCUCCACAUGCUACAAAACCAGUUGAUACAUCACCAAAGGGCGAUGAAGUCAGUCCUGUGCAAACUUUCCUAUUUGAGUCAACACUCCAUGACCCAGUGACAGUGAAGCUUGAAACAAGAGCUGUAGAUCAAGAGCACUGCACAAUUGCCAUUGAACAUAAUGAAGAAAUACCUGGGGAGGACAUCUGCUGUGCCGAAAUGGAAAAUACAGUGUUUCACACCCGUGACCAUUUAUCUGUUGUGCUGCAUCAGUUUCCCAUAGAAGAUAAUGGAUGUGGACAGCAGCCUGGUUCCAUCACCCAAGCAAUUGAACAGGAUGUUUCUGACGCUGAAGUGCAUUUGCAUGACAAUGUGGAACAAAAAAAGAUGGAUCACAAUUUUUCUUCACUUGAUCCCAUUGAUGAAGUGUGCAACCAUCAUAAAUCAUUGGAUGAUACAAGUAAUUCAGAUGUGAAUAAGUCUUCUGCUGGGAAUGAACUUCUGUUGUCUUCUGUUAAUCGUUCUUGUGAAGAUCAGACAGAUAACAAUGAAUACAGGUAUCCAGAAGUUGUUCAAGUCAAUACAUCAGAAAGCAUAAAACCUGUGGAAGAGUCUUCUCCAAUUUAUGAGUUUAAAACAUAUAUGAGGCGCACAUUGGUAGUCAUGCAACCUGAUUCAUGUGGAAGCACAGACAAGAUUUGUACUUCACUUGAGGAGGUUGUGCAGAUGCCGGUGGAGGGUCAAUCAGAUUCACUGGUCUGCCAUGAUGUGAAAACAAAGGAUAUAUUACUGCAUAUGAAUGUUGAGCAAGCAGCCACAGGCUACAAUUUCGCUUAUGACAAAACUCUUGAUUUGGCUCAUACUGCCCAUUUUGACGCCCAAGAUGGGCGGCUAGAAAAUAUAGUUUAUGAUGCUCUGAAUAAUCAUGUGCAGCGGAAUUGUUUUGAAACAAAAACUUCUGUUGUAGUUCCAGAUACUGUUGUGGUUCUGAGCCCACCAACUGUAGCAGAUGUUUCACAUGAUGGUCACAUCUUACUCGCCAACAUGGAUGAGUCAUCAAAGGAUAUGAAUCAGCUAAGUGGUACAAUGAAUGUUGACAUUUGUAGAUCUGUUAAUGAUCAAGAAUCAAGAGAAGCAUAUGUUGUUCAACAAGAGUUAUCCCAGGCUUGUGUUAACAUGGGCAAAAUUGGAUGUGCAAUAUCAGAUAGCUCCUCUAAUCUUGAAGAAACACAGGAAAUUUCUGCUGAAGCUUCAAUUUCAACUCCAUCCUGCCUGGGAACUCAUGCGCAAACUAGGGCGUCUGAUUUUUCCAUUGAUGAAGGAUCAAUUGAAGUUCAUACUCCAAAAAAACUGUUGUCCAAGAGAAAGACUAUGUCGCCAGCUUGUCAGGAGAAGUUUUGCAAUGCUUGGGCUGAUAUCGAUUUGUGUGGAGUCCAAAGGACGAAGAGAAAGAUUAAUCUUGAAGACCAAUCUAUGUUAACCACAGACAGCAAACUUAAGAGCAGAACUUCUAUCUCCACAAGCAAAGGAGAUGUCAAGUCAACAGAAUCUCCAUCUCCUCAGAUGACAAGUCCAUCUGUUCUUUUGGACACUGAGAAAGCUGUUGAGUUUUCACAAAGGCAGAUGCAUGAUAUAGAGAACAUUGCAGCAAAUCUUAUCAGGAGCUUGAAGCACAUGAGAAGUUUAGUGGACGCAAAUUUGUCAUCGGAAUCACAUUCUUUGCUUCCCAGUUUUAACACUGCCGAGAUGAGAGCAGCAUCCAAGGAUGCAUUAGAUGUCGAGAGAACUACAAGGAAAUGGUUGUCUAUAAUGAACAAGGAUUGCAACCGCUUUUGCAAAAUAUUGACGCUGGAGGGAAAGAAGGCUGUUCCACAUCCACAAGUGCCGAGGAAACGUAGGAAGAUAACGUUCGCGGAUGAAGCUGGAGGAACGCUCUGCUCUGUUAAGGUGUUUAGUGAUGGACAGACCUCUCCUUCCGCAUGCCAGGGCGAGUUAUGA